GUGGGGCGCGACAACUACAAGCCAUAUAUUUCGCCAAUAUUAGUGUGGGGUAUUAAUGAGGUCAGUUUUCCAUUCUGCUCCAAAAAGAGAAAGCAGAGGUAAAUGACGGAAAAUUGACUUGGGAAGAGACGUACUAUUUUGUUCUUUUUCCACCUAUAAAAGUGUCUUGGCCGGUUAUGGCCUACCAAGACUUUACUAUAGUAUGCAAAACCGCGGACCUGUAAGUGGAAACUGCUUAUCAAAUCCGCGUAUCAAAACAAUUCCGCCUUCCAUUCCACCAUGUGAAUCGAACUGCUUUGUUUUUUACUAAAAUAAUUGCUCUUGGACAAGUCAAUGAAGAAUUAAGGAUAAAACUGGAAGAGAAAAUGAACCACGAGAAUCCUACCUCUCUUCUGAGAUCAGUUAAAACAACAGCUUGUUGAAAGCAAAGCUCGCUUCCGGCUUAACCAAUAUGGCUGACCCUGUUAUCUCUUUUGUAAUUGAGAGAACUGGCGAUCUGCUGAUUCAAAAAAUUGUUUUCCUGAAAGAUGUUCGACAACAAGUUGAAAGACUCCAAAAUGAUCUGGUCCGGAUGCGGUGUUUCCUGAAAGAUGCAGAUCAGAGGCAAGAUGAAGAUGAGAGGAUCCGCAACUGGGUUUCUGAAAUCAGAGCUGCGGCGUACGAUGCGGAGGAUAUCAUUGAGAUCUUUGCCAGCAAAGUUGAGUUCUUCACAAAGAACAAGGGACUCGUCACCAAAUUGACGUAUUAUCCCUUGAAAAUUGUGAACCUCUUCAAGAUUGGUAAAGAGAUUGAGUCCUUACAGAUGAGGAUCAAUGACAUAGCUGAUAGCCGUGAAAAAUACGAUAUCAAAAAUCUUGGAGAGGGAACGAGUACACAUGGAGAAGAGCUUCGACGGCUCCGACGGUCCUCUCCUUUCAACGAGGACAGGGAUAUAGUGGGCUUCGAGGAGAAAACAAAAUCGCUGGUGGCAGAACUUUUGAAAGAGGACAAAAGCAGCCGUGUGGUUUCAAUCGUCGGCAUGGGAGGUGCUGGUAAGACAACUCUAGCCAAAAAGGUCUAUAACCAUGCUGAUGUCAGGGAGAGAUUCAACUGUCGUGCUUGGGUAUGCGUCUCUUCAAGCUAUGAUCACAAAAAGAUACUGAGAUCAAUCAUAAAGCAAUUAAAUCCAAAGGAUGACAAGCUAUCUGAAAUGUUGGAAAAGAUGGAAGAGGAAGAGUUGGAAGGAAGGCUCUAUCAAGAUCUACAAAACAAAUGUUGUCUUGUGGUACUUGAUGAUGUAUGGAAGGAAGUAGCGUGGGAUUGUCUAUCCAGGAGGGCCUUUCCCGAUGUUGGCACAUCAAGUAGAUUGCUGCUUACAACUCGCAAUCAGGAAGUUGCCGUACACGCAGAUGCUCUUAGCAAACCACAUGAGCUGAAAACUUUGGGGGAAGAGGAUAGCUGGCAUUUGUUCCUCAAAAAGGCCUUAGGCCACGGAGCUAAUGCUGGGUGUCCUCCAGAUUUGGAAGAAGUAGGCAGGAAAAUUGUGGGGCGAUGUGCCGGUCUACCACUGGCCAUAACGGUUAUAGGUGGCUUGCUACUAGGCAAGAAUAAGUCGAAGACCGAAUGGGAGGAAGUUCUCAACAACUUUAGCGCACACCUAUCAUGGAGCCGGAGCGAAGCAGGGAAAAUUAGUGAAGCAAGGGCAAUUCUGGAAUUAAGUUAUGCAGACCUCCCUGCCAAUCUGAAAUUUCGCUUUUUGUAUUUGGGUUUGUUUCCCGAAGACUCCGUGAUUUCUGUGCGCAAGUUGAUCCAUCUGUGGGUUGCUGAGGGAAUAAUGCAGAAAAGAGAUGCAAAAAAUCUGGAGGAAACUGCAGCAUAUGAAGAUGUGGAGCGACUUUGUAGCAGAAAUAUUGUCCAAGUGGCGGAAAUGACGGUUGAUAAGAGGAUUAAAAGCUGCAGAGUCCAUGAUUUACUGCGAGAGCUUGCAAUCAGAAAGGCAGAGGAUGAAAUUUUUUUUCAGAUCCAUGGCACUAGAGAUGAUCAAAUAUCAGCCAAAUCCAGGUACCUUGCUGUUCAUAGUCUCCCUCUGGAUGAAAAUUAUUUUGGGUCUUCGACCCCUCCUCUCCGGUCUCUACUUGUUUUCAAUAUCCGCAGUUUCGGGAAAAACUUUAGUCUUAGCUUCAAAAGUUUCAAAAAGCUCAGGAUACUAGACCUUGAGAAUGCUGGGAUGGGUUAUAAUUUGCCAAAAGGAAUUGGUGAAGUCAGGCUUCUAAGGUACCUCAAUUUAAGAGACACACACAUUAGAAGGCUCCCUCAUUCCGUCGGUUGCUUGCGAUACCUACAAACUCUUGACAUACGGGGCUUUGAUAGGACAGUGAAAGUUUCAAAUUUCAUUUGGAAGCUUGAAAGUUUACGGCAUCUAUAUGCGUAUAAAUUGGAAUGUGAUGUGCCUCUUAAGAUUGAAGGAUUGAGGAAUCUCCAGACUCUGUCAGGCAUACGCUUUGAGGACGUUAUGCACAAUGACAUGAUAACUUUGACAAGUCUUCAGAAACUGGGGAUUGUAGUGGAUGGCAGGUCAGAGAUAGACAAACUCUGCAUGCAUUUAUCUGAGGUUGGAAGCCUAAAGACGCUAAGUCUUUACCGUACUAUAGAAAGCGUGUUGCCACAAUCUCUAGCUGGACUUUCUAAGCUCCAUCAUGUAACAGAUCUUAAGCUAUCCAGGCUGGAUUUGCUGUCUCCUGAUUUCCCUCCAAAUCUCUCUCGCUUGUCUUUGAGUUCCACGUAUCUCACGGAUGACCCAAUGCCAGUGCUAGAGAAGUUGGGACAGCUGUCGUUCCUCAAACUGGAAUCUACAUAUGGGGGAACACGGCAUAUGGUCAUUUCUAGGCAUGGGUUUCAGCAAUUGAAAUUCCUUGAGCUCAGCCGCCUACAUGAUUUGGAGGAAAUAAAGGUGGGGGAAGGUGCAUUGCCACAGCUCCAGUGCCUGAGAAUCAGGAACUGCAACAGAUUACGGAAGUUGCCGGAAGAGCUGAAGCACAUAUCUACUCUUGAUACGCUUGAGCUUGUGGACAUGCCAGAAUAUUUCAUCAGUGGGCUUGAUGCGGACCUGGUGUCCAGUGUCCCUAACCUCAGAAUAUUUGACUCGCCGGGUCAGGACGAGUUGAACCGCCGAGUCGAAGCAUUCAUCAAGAAAUUCAAUGAAGAAAUGAGGCUGCAGAGGCAGGAGUCGUUGAACCAGUACAUGGAAAUGAUCAACCGUGGGGCCAAUUAAAUUUGAUACUACUAAUUUUAGGAUUUUCUUUUUAGCAAAGAAAAAAUUGACACAAAAACCCAAAAAAAAAAAAGGAAAAGUUGUGUAUAGAAGUUUUUGAUUGACUUGUUAAAAUGGUGGGAGUUCUGUGAUGUUUUUCCAUAUCUAAUUGGUAUAGGGAUAUAAGACGGGCCAAUUACAUAUACGACCAAAAAGUUAUGUACAUGAACGUGCAAAGUUUUUUUGUUAUUUAUGUUUUACACCUAUGUCUUAAAG